AUAUUUUAGGGGUCAAACACUGUCAGCUUAAGAAUCCUUGGAACUUCGCCGGUGUCCCCGAAAACCUUGAUAUAUGCAUAAUCUAUACAUACGACGCGAUUGAUCUUCCUAAAUUUCUCAAAUUCUAAAUGCCCAAGUGUUUAACUGCUCAAAAGGUGUUGCUGUCGAAGAAAAGGAUGAAUGGAAGUUCCCUUUUGUUCGCAUAGUUUUUGGUUCUGUUUGCAAAUUUAUAAUUCAGUUUGUGCCCCGACCAUGUUUAUUUAAAUUGUCGUGUGAGUUUUGACUCCAUUCAGAUUGAGGGUCUUCUUCAAUUAGAGGACCCUGCAUAUUGAGAUCAUAGCAGUUGAGUUAACGGUUUCGAAGAAUUUUUUGGUUGUGUUUUCUAUAACAAUGCCAGCUGUACAGAAGCUUUAUAAUACAUGUAAAGCAUCGCUCUCUCCAAAUGGACCGUUGUCAGAAGAUGCUCUUGAAAAAGUUCGCAAUCUAUUAGAUAAAAUCAAGCCUUCUGAUAUAGGUCUUGAGCAAGAAGCACAACUAGUUCGUGGGUGGAGAGGUACCUUGAGAGAGCGCAAUGGGGGCCUUCGAUCACUGCCACCAAUCAAAUACCUGCACGUGCAUGAAUGUGAUAGCUUCUCCAUGGGAAUAUUUUGCAUGCCUCCUUUCUCCAUCAUUCCUCUUCACAAUCAUCCUGGGAUGACAGUGUUGAGUAAGCUGGUAUAUGGUUCAUUACAUGUAAAAUCCUAUGAUUGGAUUGACAUACCUGGGCUUUCUGACCCAUCUCAAGCAGCCCGGCCUGCAAAGGUGGUUAGAGAUUGUGAUAUGAGUGCUCCUUGUGAGGCAACAAUUCUCUAUCCAACUAGUGGAGGUAACAUCCACUGUUUCAAAGCGAUCACCCCUUGCGCUAUCUUUGACAUUCUUUCUCCACCGUACUCUUCUGAGGACGGACGGCACUGCACAUAUUUUAGAAGGUCUUCAACUGGAGAUCUACCCGAUACUCUUGAGAUGGAUGGAGUGACGGUAUCUGAAGUUGCUUGGUUAGAAGAGUUUCAGCCUCCUGAUGAAUUUGUGAUUAGAAGAGGUCAAUACAAGGGUCGUGUUAUCAAAACUUGAGACUAUUUUUCAUGUUAUUCAUGUACAUCAAUGCCUUGAUUGAAGAGUUUAUUUAGUUUCAAUCAAAGUUUCAAUCUAUGCGACAAUAAUUUUGUUGGCUGCAGAAAUUAGACUUUUGAUAUGUAUAUAUUGAUGAAUUAGAUAUUUUUUUUGCGACCUCA